AAAGAAGUAGGAAAAGUUUAUAAGAAUAUUAGCUUACUUAUUCUAAUUAAAACUAUUAAGUAUAAAGCCUGGCAAGAGAAGAAUUUCCUAUAUCCUAAAGCUUUAGUACUAGUAGUAAUAAAAAUACUAUUAGAAUACCUAGAUUAUAAAGUUCUUGAGAAAUAUAAUAGAUCUUACUGA